AUGUUAGAGACCACAGAACUUCUCCCAAGUUUAGUAUUGAAUGUUGAUCGUGAAUCAGAAAAUCAACUGAAGCACGAAUUUCCAUUUGUAAGACGUGUCUUAAAUAGAGUCGUUGCGUGGCGUAAUAGAUUCGUCGAAAUGACUAAAACUCGAAGUGAAUUCAGAUUUUUGGUGUACGCCGGUGCAAUUUUCAUAUGUUAUUUUAUGUAUGGAAUGCUGCAAGAGAAAAUAACAAGAGGAAAAUAUGGAGAAAGUAAUGAAAAGUUCACAUGUACUCUAUCGCUAGUUCUAAUACAAUGUAUUGUGAAUUAUAUCUUCGCUCAAAUCCUAAUGGUAUCUAAUAAACGUGAAGUGGACACUACACGGAGAGUAUAUUAUUUCUCUUCAGCAUUGACAUACCUACUUGGUAUGGUCAGUUCCAAUAUGGCGUUGCAGUGGAUCAAUUACCCAACACAGGUAGUGGGCAAGGCAGCUAAACCUAUACCAGUGAUGAUACUUGGUGUCCUUGUGGGGCACAAGUCCUACCCGAUGAAGAAGUAUUUAUUUGUUCUGCUAAUCGUUGUUGGUGUAGUAAUGUUUAUGUACAAAGACCAAGUCAAGAAGACUGUUGACGACUCUUCCUCAUUUGGAAUCGGGGAACUGCUGCUUCUUCUUUCUCUAACCAUGGAUGGACUGACUGGUGCUGUGCAGGAGCGUAUCAAGAGUGAAUCUUCGCCGUCCGCCUAUGCCAUGAUGCUGAACACAAAUAUGUGGUCAUCAAUGAUCCUGUCAAUAGGUGUGUUGCUGAGUGGUGAAAUAUUCAAGUUUAUUGUGUUCGUGUCAACUUACCCUGAAGUUAUAAUAUUCCUUAUUGGACUGGCAUUCGUUGGAGCUUUGGGACAAAUGUUCAUAUUCUUUAUGGUGGCAGAAUAUGGACCGCUCCCAUGCUCUGUGGUGACGACGACGCGGAAGUUCUUCACUGUGCUGACGUCGGUUAUCAUAUUCGGUAACGCUUUGUUGCCUCGACAGUGGUUGGGGGCUAUCCUAGUAUUUACAGGAUUGUUCCUCGAUAUGUUCUACAGCAAAGGGAAGACAUCUGUGAAAAGAGUAUCGGACAAAUGA